GCGUGUAAUUGGCGCAAUGGAUUGCACCCAUGUUAAAAUCAUGUCGCCAGGAGGUGAUGAUGGUGAAGUCUUUCGUAACAGAAAGGGUUUUUUCUCGUUCAAUGUGCAAACCAUAUGUGAUAGCAAUUUAAAAAUAUUAGACAUUGUUGCCCGAUGGCCAGGAUCGGUUCAUGACUCAAGGAUUUUCCGUAAUUCGCGUAUUUGCUACCGAUUGGAGGCGAAGGAAUUUCUAAAUGCAGUCAUUGUUGCUGACAGUGGUUAUGAAAACACGAACGUCGUGUUGACGCCGCUUUUAAAUUGUAGAAAUAGAGCAGAAAAUCUGUAUAAUGAGUCGCACAUCAGAACUCGAAAUUGUAUUGAGCGCUCAUACGGUGUGUGGAAGCGCAGAUUUCCCGUGCUAUCCAUGGGGAUUCGAAUGAAGGUCACGACAGUUCCUUACAUUAUUGUUGCAACAGCAGUACUGAAUAAUGUUUGCAUUCGCUUUAAUGAUAAAACUGCACCACAACUUGUACCGGAAAUUGAUGAUGCCGUAACUAAUGUUUUAACAGUUCCACCAAACCGCUCAAAUGAAGGACGUUCUCGAAAUGACCAAACAAGAAAAACAAUAAUAGAUACAUAUUUUGCUCAAAUGUAACUUUAUUAUUAUUAUUUAUCGGGAAGAAUAUAAUACAUACAAUAUCUGUGGUCAUAAGCAGUAACCGCCUAAGUAGACUUAAGAAAGAAUUGAGUUAUAUAUGCUAUGGUAUUCUGCAACGACUAUUCCAUGUGUAUGU